AGCUCAGGAUGGAGCCUUUAAAGUGGCCACUCGCUGUUAGGUGGAGAGGUGGAGGGACAAAGGCUGUGGAGACUCUUCUUGUUGUUAGUUGCCAUCCAGCCAAUUCCAACUCAUCGCUACCCUGUCCAUGUGUUCAGAGCAGUACUUCUCCAUAGUGUUUUCAAGGCUGUGUGUAACCCUUCAGAAGCAGAUUGCCAGGCCUGUCUUCCUAGCCCACUCUGAACAGCAAGGGUAUGAACUUGGUGUCCUUUCUGCUGGCGCUUGGGUAUGCCUCCCUUUUCCUCAGAGUCCUUUCCCUUCAGAUCUCCAGCUCUGAUCCUUUCCCUUCAGGGUGCCCACCACCCCAAGCCCAGCCUCUUUUCCAGGGCCUGACAGCUUUGAAAAUUGAGCAGAUAAGGAAGGAAGCAGGAAGCACUGGUUAGAGUGAGACCAGAAUUGAGCCUCAAGGAGGGAGGAGCAUUUCCUUACCUGUCGGUGCAGGCCUCUCACCUUGUUUGCUCUGAGAUAGCCAGUCUGGCUCCCCACCAGCUCCUGACCAGCACAAGGCAGCUGCUGCCCCUUGGGCGUUCCCUUCCUACCUCUAGACCCAGGCAGGCUGACUGACCAACAGACGGCAGGACAGCAGGUCUCUCUCGGCCAUGGCCCGGCUCCCUGGGCCUUUCCUCUGCUGGGCUCUGCUGGGCUUCGUCUCCAUAAGUGCCCCGGGGCUGGCCGUGGAGGUGAAGGUGCCCGCCGAGCCGCUGAGCGCGUCCGUGGGCAACACCGCCGAGCUGACCUGCAGCUACACCACUUCGGUGGGAGACAACUUCGCCCUGGAGUGGAGCUUUGUGCAACCCGGGAAACCCAUCUCUGCCUCUGAUCCCAUUCUGUACUUCACCAAUGGUCAUCUGUAUCCAGUUGGUUCCAUGGCAAAGCGGGCCAGCCUGCUUCAGAACCCCCCCACAGGAGGGGUGGCCACCCUGAAACUGAGUGAUGUCCACCCCUCGGACACUGGAACCUACCUUUGCCAAGUUAACAACCCACCAGAUUUCUACACCAAUGGGUUGGGGCUAAUCAACUUUACUGUGCUGGUGCCCCCCAGUACCCCCGUGUGCAGUCAGAGUGGUCAGAUCUCUGUGGGAGGCUCUGCUGCACUCAGAUGUCAGUCUUCUAUGGGAGAGCCCAGGCCAGUGUACAACUGGGUGCAUCUUGGAUCUUCUCCUACACCUUCUCCUGGGAGCAUAGUACAAGAUGAGGUGUCUGGCCAGCUCAUUCUCACCAAUCUUUCCCUGACCUCCUCGGGAACUUAUCGUUGUGUGGCCACCAACCAGCUGGGCAGUGCAUCCUGUGAACUGACCCUCUCUGUGACUGAUCCCUCCAAAGGCCGAGUGGCUGGGACUGUGAUUGGGGUGCUCCUGGGCGUGCUAUUCCUGUCAGUUGGUGCGUUUUGCCUGAUUAGGCUCCAGAAGGAGAGGAGGAAGAGACCCAAGGAGACAUAUGGGGGUAGUGACCUUCGGGAGGAUGCCAUUGCUCCUGGGGUUUCUGAGCAGACUUCUAUGAGGGCCAAUUCUAGCAGUGGGCUCCUGGAGAGACCCCCGUCUGCCAGCACUGUGACGACCACCAAGUCCAAGCUCUCUAUGGUUGUCUGACGUCCCUCCCUCCUCUCUGAGGGAUGAAGGGGAAUAUCGGUAAUUAAAGCCGUUGGGUACCAUAUUGUCUCCCUCUUCUUUCUGCAGGUGCAUCGAAUUCCUUUAGGGGCCGCCGAAAGGGUUUACCAGUAAGGGAAGGAAAGGGCUUGAAGUCCCAGAGGUGAUGCAGUAGGCAGGAAGUCUGACUGGGUCAAAGUGGUCAAAGGGUUUAUACCUGGGUGCCCCACUUCCCCACCGCCCUCCACCUUUUUGGU